CUUCCAAAGACUUCAAAGAAGACGACCCAGAAUGGCGCUUCAUUUUUAAGGAAGUGAAAGAAUUAAAUGAGUUUUUGAAUAGUAAAAUGACAGCCCCGUCUCAGACUGUGCUUGACACCAAGCAAGUUUGGUUAUAUAGUCGUGAAAGAGUUCUUCAAGGUUUUGCCAAUUCUAAUGAACUCAUUAAGAUUGUGGAAGAGUUAGAUUACACGAAAAGUGUACUAACAUGGCAUAUAGCCACUGAAUUAUGCUUCCACGGAGUAGACCAAACGUUUACAUCAGGGAAUGGGUGUAUAAGUCACAGAAAAUUUUGCAAGCUGCUCUCAGAUUAUAUGUUUUACCCACUAGUAAUGCAGCCAGCUAUUAUGGCAGCUGUUUCAGUGAGUUGGAAAAAGGUGUUCGAAGAAACAUUGGCAGAGACCGCGUUAUAUGUAAGAAGGAGCUCAAUCUCAAACGAUGAGGAUGCUCGAAAAAAAAUCCUUCAACUGAUCCCAAAUUUCAGAAAUCCAGAAAGGGAUAUAAAUAGAUCGGUGUUAUUUGCUGCAUCUGAGCUUGCUAAGCAACUGAAGAAAUCUAACAGUACUCCUUGGGAGCAAAUGAGCAAAGUUUGGGUACAUUUAAUGUGCUUUGCUGCUAUGAAUUGCAGGCCACACGUCCAUGCACAGCAACCUAGUAAGGGCGGUGAACUUCUCACAUUCGUUUGGUUGCUCAUAAAUCACUUGGGACUUGGGACUCACUUUUCAAGCCAUUACUGAUGCUACAUAAUGAAUUUGAUGAAAACUGCUUUCAGGGUAGUUUUAUAUUUCUUAGUACGACUACUUGUUGCUAAUGAUGGACUUAUGUAAUCAGUGUAUAUUGUACCUACUGUUGAAAUUCAAUAAAAUUUUAGUUGUUUU